CUCACUUCUCCUUUUACACAAAUAGCUCCCAAGAGCUGUGUUACACUAGCCUUGUCGCAUCUGCCUCAAGUAUCGCCACUGAAGUCUGCCUAUAAGAUUAAGGAGUGGUACCCAGAAAAGGAAAGAAUAACCCAACAUGGGCAUCAGUAGCUUGAAAUUACUGAAGUAUGUCCUGUUUUUCUUCAACCUGAUCUUCUGGUUCUGUGGCUGCUGUGUCUUGAGCUUUGGGAUCUACUUCUUAAUCCACAAGAAGUUUGGAGUGCUCUUCUUUAACCUUCCCUUCCUCACACUGGGCAAUGUGCUUGUCAUCGUGGGCUCCAUUAUCAUGGUGGUCGCCUUUCUGGGCUGCAUGGGAUCUAUCAAGGAGAACAAGUGCUUGCUGAUGUCGUUCUUUAUCCUGCUGCUCAUUAUCCUACUUGCUGAAGUGAUCUUGGCCAUCCUGCUCUUCGUGUUUGAACAGAAGCUGAGUAGGUAUGUGAUUGAUGGUUUGACUGACAGCAUCCAACGUUACCACUCAGACAACAGCACGAAGGAGGCAUGGGAUUCUAUCCAGUCAUAUCUGCAAUGUUGUGGUGUAAAUGGCACAAAGGAUUGGGAUGGUAAAUCACCAGAGUCUUGCCCUCAAGAUCCACAAGCAAAGGGUUGCUACAUAAAAGCAGAACAGUGGUUUCAAUCCAACUUCCUGUAUAUUGGAAUCAUCACCAUCUGUAUAUGUGUGGUCCAGGUAUUAGGGAUGUCCUUUGCACUGACCCUGAACUGCCAGAUUGAUAAAUCCAGCCAAGUCUUGGGGCUGUGACCAACAACCACCCUGUGCUGGAGACAUUCGCCUCACCUUUGGAGUCUAAAACUACCUAUGGCAUGCCCUAAGUGAUCACCUGCUGGACCACUGUCAUCCUCCUCUCCCCAUCUCUUCUCUGUCUGAGUCUCUAUCUUACACAACUGGAGAAGAAGGUGUUGGCCAAGCACUCCCCAUCUCAGGCAGCAAGAGAGCCAUUCACUCACUGGUAGAAGCAAGGUAGUGAAAUUCCAAGGUGUUUUAUAGACAUGAGAGGCCAGGAAAAUUUAAGGAACUGUGGGUCAAAAUCAAAGGGCAAGUCAAGGUUUUGCAGUUUUGCAAAUUACAAGUUUCCAGCCUCCAAACCACAUCCAAGCUGCUUUUUAAAGACAAGCAAAAGAAAGCAGAAGGAAGAUCUGGAGCCACGCUCACUGGAUUUUUGUCACAACCCUCUGUUUCCUUUUGCCUAGGAGCCUUUGUUUCAGGAAUGACACAGUACUCUUUACCAGGAGGGUGAUCUUCUAUUUCAAUUUCCUUACCAAAUGACCUUAUUGUUAUAAGUCAUCCAAAGUAAAGAAACUAUCCAGUGAUUGAUUCAUACCUUGACUGCAAGCUAGUCUCUUAGCCAUGGGAGAACUCAGCAAUCCAACACUUAUGGUGGGUUUGCUGAUUAUCGCAUUCAUAAGAGCUUUGGUGUAAUUUCUCUGUCAAAUAAUGUUUUGUUAAUGUGCUAUUUUUAAUUCUUCCAUAAAUAAAAUAUCUUAUGAUCUCAA